AUGGCGCAACCGGCGUCAAAACCAACAUUUUCUGUCGAGGAUACAUCCAAAAGAUUGAAAGUUGAAUUAGCACGAUUAUUGAAUGAAAAUAAUGGGGAUACAAGUCUGGCUCAAGUACUGAUGGAUCGACUCAUAGACAAUGUGCGACGAUUAACGAUGGAACAAGCUGGAGAUUUUCUUCGCUUCGUAUUCUAUCCAUUUGGAACUGGCAUGCUCAAUCUCAGUUCGCAGGUGACAGCUAUCAAGAUGGUUAAUCUUAUGGCUUUGUGGCUAAGAGCAAAGCCCAGUGAAGCUCCAGCACGAGGUUUACUUGAGCAUGUUCGAGAACGAAAAAUUACUAUUGUAACUGUGCUGCCAAAUGGUGCACUUCAAUUUGAUCGACAAGAUAAUCCAAACAAACCCCUUACGCUUGUUCAUCUAAUUCGUCUAUUUCGUUGUCCUCAUUGUACUGGCAAAGAGAUGAAUGGAUUAAUUCAGCUACUUACUGAAUGUAUCAAUUUCAAUGAAAAUAAUGCUGAAGAUAUGUGUAAAUAUCUUGUUCAGCCAACUUUUUUCGAACCAAUUUGGCGAAUCUAUUUCGAUCCAUUAAUAAUAGAAAGUGCUCAAUGUAUGGAUCCUGCAGUUUGUUCUGAUGCUGUUAAUCAAUUAGCAUACCGAUCAAAACAAAAGCUUAUUGUAAAAUGGAGUGACGGUCGUGAAGAUGAAUGUAAUGAUGGAUGUGCUUUACCACGUCUACGUGUUAAUGAUAUUAUUCAUAAAGCACUAGAUGCUUGUCAACAUUCUGAAGAACUUCAGAAUAUAUUAACACCUAUGAGUUUAACAAGUAUAAAAGCUAUUCAUAUAUUUCCUGUAUGGCUUGAACUUUUUCAUUAUUUAUUGAAUUUAAAAUCAAAACUUUUCGAUAUUAAAAUGUAUGAAAUUAUAUUCGAUCGUUUACGAGUUCUUGAUAUGAUUGGCUAUGAUAAACAAUUACAACAGUUUAUUAUUAAUCUAUUCAGUAUUUGGCCAACUAUAGAAGAUGAUAAUUUACAUAAAUUUGUUUUAUGUCAAAUUGUUGAAUUUAUAAAAAGAAUUAUUGAUUGUAAAACAGAUGAAUCAAAUACUCUCAUUGAACAACUAACAGAACAUAUUAAUGCAAAUACACCAUUUUCUAAUGUACGCGGUCACAUGUGCUUUUAUAUUCUACUUGAAGAAUUACUACCAAAAUAUUGCGAAGCACGUUUAAUUAAAGCAAUUAAAAAAAUUGAUAAAAGUUAUAUUUUAUAUUAUAUUGAUUAUGUUAUUGAAAAUAAUCAAAAUAAAUGUUGUGCUUUGCACUGCACUAACGGUACAUAUGAUCAUUGUUCAAUUUUAAUAUCAAUAUUGGAUCAUAUAAGUACAUUUACGGAAAUUAAUUUAUUAUCUCCAAUUAUCAGUUACAUUAUUAAAUAUCCAUCAAAUAUAAUUUGUUUUGAACUUCUCAAACAUUCACUUUGUCCAAUAACAACAUUAGUUACAUAUAUUCAACAGGUAAAUCAUGAACAAGUAAAUGAAUUACUUCAAUGUUGUGAAUUAGAUAUUGCUGAACAAUUUAUUCCAACUCUAUUAACAAUUAUUGAAACAUUAACAAAACACUUACAAACAGAAAAAUCUCUAUUUGAAACUAGACUUCAUUUGAUUAUUCAAACAUGGUUGUUAAUUACUGAUAUUCCAUCAAUAAAUAUUCGUCUUAUUGAAUUACUUCUUGAUAUUGGCUAUUCAAGAUAUAAUAAAUAUAAAACAGAUAUUGCAGAUUUUUUUCUUCAUCAAUAUCUACCUAAAUUUCUAUCAAUUAAUUUCGAAAAGCCAAGUCAAUUAUCUCAUAUUAUCUUAUUUGUUGCUUCAUUUGUGGAUAAUGAUUCUUCAGCAAUACUUCGAUGUGAACCAUUAUUGAAGACUCUUUUUCAUCAAAUUGAAGAAUCUAAAGAUAAUGAGUCGGUAGAUAUAUGUAAAUUUCAUCUACUUAGUCUUAGUAAUGAAAUUAUUAAAGAGCGAUCACGCUCAAAACUCGUUGAAUUACUCUCACCAUUUACAUUAGAUAUUAUACCUAUAUUAGGUCGUAUAGGUGAAUUAAAACGAGCAGCUAUUAUUCUACUUGCUGAGAUUUUAGAACUAUCACCAAAUGAACGUUCUAUACUUGAUGAAUUAAUCCAAAAUCAAUCCAAUGAUGAUCACUCAAGUGAUGUUAAGGCUAGUGAUCAACGACAACAAACAUCAUUUUUUUCAACAGAACUUACUCAAACGCCGGAUAUUGUUCGAAUAGGACAUGAUGAUUUUAAUAAUGGACAUGAAUUAUUAAAUAAAUUAAAUAAAGCCAAGUCACAUGAAAUUGAUCAUAUAUUACGAUCAUAUUUAUCAGAUCGACAUGUCAAUCAAUCACCUCCUAUUAUCGAUCAUCAACAACAAAAAGAUCGCUUAAUUUUAACAGCAACAGCACGAGAAAAUGUAACUAAAGUUCUUGAAGUACUUGAUGAUCCUGUUCCAAUUUUACUCGAAGGUAGCACUGGUGUUGGUAAAAGUGCAACUGUUAUGGAAGCAGCUAAACUAUCUGGUCGUGAACUUAAACGUUAUAAUAUGUCAUCACGUGUAUCUAUUGAUGAUUUACUUGGUAAAGUAGCAAUUGUACCAGGUGAACAAGGUCAAUCAGUACAAUUUAAAUUCGAAAAUGGACCAUUUACAAUGGCAUUUAUUGAAGGUCAUUGGAUGCUUUUUGAUGAACUUAAUUUAGCACAAGAUACUGUACUACAAGCUAUUGAAUCAGCUCUUGAUAGACGUCAAUUAGCUAUAUGCGAUGGAAGUUCAGCACAACAGUCUGCUAUUGUUUAUCAUAUGCAUGAAAAUUUUCGAUUAUUUGCAACACAAAAUCCAAAUACAGGCUUUUUUAAAAAUAAACGUGAAAAAUUAUCACCAUCGUUUUUAAGUCGAUUUCGACCGCUGAUCUUUAAAGAGCUACCUGAUAUCGAAUGGCGUGAAAUAGUUCAUAGGCGACUAUCACCUUAUUUAUUUAAUGAGGCAGAAAGUUUAGCUGAAUUGAUGGUUUCGAAUUUUAAUGCUAAAAUUAAGAAAAUGUUAAAUAAUGAAGAGCAAACAUUCAUUGAAACGGGACCGUAUGCCGAAAUUUCCAUACGUGAACUUCUUAAAUGGAUUGAUUUUAUUACUUGGCAAGCACAAAAUAAUUUAUGGCCUUCAAACGGAACUCAACGAACAGCUUUACUUAGUUUUAGUGCUUGGUGUGUAUACGGUGCUCGAUAUCGCCAUAUUGGUCGAACUCUAGUAGAAAAACUUUUAACAGAUGAUGGUAGAGGUGGUUGGGGUAGACCAGCAUUAAAUAAUAUUAAAUUUACUGUUGAUCACAAACAAAAUAAAAUCUUUUUUGAUAAUGUACCAUGUUUAAUACGACUCGAUUCAUCUAUUGAUAAUUUUGAAAAUGAAUGGAACCGUAUCGUAGAUUCGGCUGAAUUAAAAAAUAUCAAAUAUAAUAAAAAUCUAUGGAAUUUAGCCAUUCAAACUCAUCAAAAAAUUCAUAAAAUAAUGCUUGAUAAAGAAUUUAUUAGUAAACAUGGUAUUUAUCGUAUUGAUCGUUCUUGGUUAGAAGAAUGGAUUAUAUCAGCUGCACAUUAUGGUCGACUUGAAAACCAAGAUAAUUUUGCUAAACAUGGUUGUCAAUUAUAUGAGAAUCAUGUUCGUCAUAUUCAAGCUCAAAAAAAAAUUCGCUCCUGUUUUACAAAUACAUUUGAAAAUAUUGAUUUUAAUAAAAACAAUUUCAAAGAAUUUUUAGUGCAACCAGAAAUACCAUAUGUUCUUACAGAUCGAGCAUUGAAAACACUUAAACAAGUAUGUUUUAAUCGAACUAUUAAACAACCAAUUCUUGUUACUGGUCCUGAAGGUUGUGGAAAAUCUGAACUUCUAUUAACUCUAGCAUGGUUUUGUGGUCAACAAGUACAACAAUUAAAUACUACACCUGAAACUGAGCCAUCAGCUUUGAUUGGUCAGCUUGUUCCCAAUGAUAAUAGUGACAAAGAUGAAUUUAAUAAAGAUAAAAAAUUGAUUUGGCAAAAUGGUGCUGUAACAACAGCAUAUACAACUGGUCAAUGGGUACUUUUAGAUAAUUUAAGUGUAGCCGAAUCAUCUGUACUUGAACGACUCAAUCCUGUACUCGAACAGAAUCCAAUGUUGUGUUUAACAGAAAAAGGAGAAAUAAACGAACAAAAAAUCCAUUCAGAUUAUCAACUGGUUGCUACAAUGACACCACCUGAUAGCCAUCAACAGUCACAUGGUAAUAUAAGUGGUGCAUCGAGUGAACUUUCGCCAGCACUGUAUAAUCGUUUUGGCAUUGUUCAUAUGAUGGAUAUAUCAUUUAGUGCAACUGAUAAUUCAUCGGAAAUACUUGAUAUUGCUAAAGCUCUUCUAUCCGAUGAACCUGACACUGAUCAUGAAUUAGCUGUAAAAUUAUGUCGUACGAUUCUUGACUUCUACGAAUGUGAACAUAAAAGUUUUCCAAAAUUUACUUUGCGAAAUAUUAUUCGAUUACUUGAUAGUGCAUAUCUUUUACGAUUAAAAUUUAAAUCUGAACUUGAUUUUAUUUCUAGUCUUUGGACAGCAUAUCAUGUUACAAUUGCAAAUCAAAUUAAAAACAAUGAUCUUAAAAAUAAAGUUACAAAACGUGUUCAAGAACUAUUACGUAAUAGUAAAAAUUCUACUGUAUUGAAACAACCUAAUUUUCUUAAUCAAAUCAUUCCAAAUAAAGAACAUAUUUUGACUGAUAGUCGAAUUAAUUAUGCUAAUGCAGUUUUAGGUGCUGUAGCUUGUAAAAUUCCACUUUUACUUGAAGGUCCAGCAGCAGUUGGCAAAACUGCACUUAUUUCACAUUUAUGGAAACAUAUGAAAUCAUCAGAUGAUAAUACAACUGUGCAUUCAUCUUCAGUAAAACUUGCACGCGUUAAUAAUACAGAUACAACAACUAUACAAGAUUAUCUCGGUACAUUUCUACCAGUUAAUAAAGACUUUGUAUUUCAAGAAGGUGCACUCUAUCGAGCUAUGAAAAAUGGCUGGUGGUUUCUUGCUGAUGAAUUUAAUUUGGCUGAUCCAUCUGUUAUGAACACUCUUUUCCCAUUAUUAGAAGGUAAAAAUUCUAUUGCUAUACCAUCAAGUGGAAAAGUAAUAAAAGCAAGACCUGGUUUUCAUUUUUUUGCAACGCAAAAUGAUGCAUCAUAUGCAAAUCGUCACCAAUUACCUGUUUCAUUACGUAAUCGUUUUCUUGAAGUUCAAUUUGAUGAUUUUCCAGCAAAUGAAUUACCAGAAAUUAUCUAUGAACGUAAUGAAUCAGGCAAAGAAAAGCCAAGAUGUUUGAAAAAAGAUUCAACUGAAAAAUUGUCCAAUUUUUAUCAUAAACUUAUUAAAAAACAAUCAAGAAUAACAUUUCGUGAACUUGUUAAAUGGCUUCAUCGACAUGCAAUAUUUUCACCUGAUAAAGAACUUUGGCCAGUUAUUGGUGCAUCACUUUUAGCUGUCAAAUAUCCAUUUGAAAGUUUAAUGAACGAAUCUUUAAUGCAAGAUUUAAGAGCAGUAUGGCCAAAUAUAACUUUAUUGAAAAAUCCAACAAUUGAAAUACGAUCUGUUGGCACUAGUGCUCGUUUUCGAGAGGCUGAUCUCUAUGUUGAUAUACCAAAUAUGUCACUAAACAAUAGUAUUGUACCAACAUCACCAGAAUCAUUUCAUCGUUCACUUGUUCGUCUUGCUCUUGCUGUACAUGCUAAAGAACCUGUUUUAUUUGUCGGACCAACAUCAUGUAAAACAUUACUUGUUGAAACGUGGGCUCGAUUAUCUGGCCGUUCUGAUGAACUCAUCAAAGUUCAUUUAACACCGGACACAGAAGCAGGUAAUUUAAUUGGAGAACUUCAACCAUAUUCAUUUCUUGAUUUACUCAAACGUUUACCGGCUAUGGCCGAACGUAUUUAUAUUCGUUUUCGAAGUCUCUAUCGACAUGAAAAGAAAACAUUAAAAUUAGCACAACAAGAUUAUGUUUCUUUACAACCGCUUACUGAUGCGAUUAGAAAAGACCUUCCAAAAGCUAUCGCUGCUUUUGAAAAAGCUUAUUCACUUAGUGAAGAACGUCGUCAACAGAAAGAUGAAAUAGUCGAUGAUUUCGAUGAAAUCAUUGCAAAAGCUAAAGAACGACAGGCAUCCCUACCCGACGCACCUAUUCAAAGUAAUUUUCUUAAUGUUAAAUCAUCACUAUUAAAAUCUUCAUCUGGAAAAAAUUCACCUAUGCCGCAUUUUGCACAAAAACUAUAUGAUGAUGAUGAUGAUGAUUUAGAUAUGGCGUUGUUAGAUAUGAAUAUGACAAAUCCAAACUUUACGUAUGGCAGAAUAAAUGAUGAAACUAAUACUUCUGCAGUUUUAAAUGAUAACUUUGCAGACUUUAAUACUACUACUGAUUUAAAUGAUGGUUUUGGUGGUUGUAACAAUUUAAAUACUCAUAGUUUAGCAUCAAAAACUAUAAAUAAAGUUACAGUACAAACUCUAGAUGAUGGUUUCGGUGGCUUUAUUUCCAAAACGGAUGAAAUUUCACUAUCAAAGUCAACAAAUAGAAUUACAAUAAACACAAUAGACGAUGGUUUUGAUAGUUUCAUUUCGAAUGUAAAUCAAAGUUUAGUAACAAUAUCUGACAAUCCAACUGUAACAAAUACAAUUGACGAUGGUUUUGAUACAUUUGUUCCGCCACCAACAACUACUCAGGUGCAACUUAUGAAUCAACUCGAUGAUGGUUUUGAUUUACUUCAAUAUGUAACUACAUCAAAAGAGACACAAGAAACAUCAAUAAUUACAAGCGAUGAACAAGACAAUACUGUUCUUAAUGAUGGUUUUCCAAGCGUAGUUACAUCAAGUGUAUCUAUAAAUAACAAUUCAUCUUCACCUCAAUCAUCGCUUUCUAUGACUUCAACUAAUAAAAUAGAUUUUCCUGAAGAAUUAUUACAAAUUAUGUCAGAUAUUAUUGAAAAUUUUAAAUCAAUAUUUGGACAGACAACCUAUGCAUCAUUCAUAUCAAAAGAUGCAGCAUUACGUGACUAUCACGAUAAAUUUCUUAAAGUUUGGGAUUGUCUCAAAUCUCCGGCAUUCGAUCGUAGUAAACCAAUUUUUCUUUUCAAUGAUGGGCCAGUGACAACAGCAGCAAAACAAGGUUCUAUUUUAUUUCUCGAAGAUCUUGAUCUACCAAGUCAAGCUGUCAUUGAACGUCUUAAUUCAAUGCUUGAACCAAGUCCAGCAUUCGCAUUAACUGAAGAUAUUACUAGUCAAGUUGAUAAAGGUCAAUUAGAUAUUAAUCUUCCAAAUUAUUUUCAAAUAUUUGCUAGUGUUCAUCAAGAACAAAGUCAUCAAUUACUCAAAUUAAGUCCAGCCACACGAUCACGUUUCACAGAAAUUCAUAUACCAUCUUAUACAGAUUAUGAUCUUAAAAUACUUGUUAAAGCUGAAUUAAAUAAAAUAAAAAUAGAUGAGAAGGAUAUAGGCGACAAGGAACUUGAAUCAUUCGUUAAUACAAUGUUUUCAUUACGUCAUAAAUUAAUCCAUGAUACAGAAUGGAAACUUAAAAAUGAUAUUCAACUACUAUUUCGCUGGACAGAUUUCAUUAAAAAUCAUGAUCAAAAACUUGAACUUACUCACCGUAUGUUACUCGGUGCUCGUUUCUUCUAUUUUGAUCAAUUACCUAUGCCGAGACAGGCUUCUAUUUUUGAAGAUUGGCAUCACACUUUGUCAUCUACAACUGUAUAUAAGAAUUAUGAACAUAUUUUUAAAGCACCUGAUCAUACGCACGGAGCAUUGACGCUCGACUUGAUUAAAUCAAAUGAAACAUCGAUAAAAUUACCAUUUGACGUUGGUCAUAAUUAUGUUAGUUUAAAUUAUACUCGUGUACGAUAUAAAUUUGAAUCAAAUGAUGAAAAAAUUGAUAUUGAACAACUUAAAAAGAAACUAACAUGUGUACCUACACCAACAUUACUUAAUCAAAUAGCAAGAAUAUUUGCUGCUUCAUCAUCAAAAACACCUCUUCUUCUCGAAGGUCCACCCGGUAUUGGUAAGACACAAGUCGUUACACAAGUUUGUCAACUAUUAAAUAAAGAAUGUGAACGUAUAAAUUUAUCAUCAAACACAUCACUUGAUCAAUUAAUUGGUUGUAUUAUUCCUCGAUUUAUAAAUGGUAUUAGAACAUUUCAAUGGCAAGAAGGUCGUGUUUUAUCAGCAAUUAAAGAAGGAAAAUGGAUUCUUUUCGAUGAACUUAAUUUAGCUACACCUGAAGUUCUCGAAGGUCUUACGCCUCUAUUUUAUCGAGGUAUAACUGAAUUUCUUGUACCAAAUACAGGUGAAAAAGUUCCAUUGAAAAAUGUUCUUGUAUUUGCUACUAUGAAUCCAUCAACAAUAGGUGGUGGUCGUAGUAAAUUACCUCGUUCAAUUAGUAAUCUAUUUACUAUUGUUCAACUUGAUGAUUAUUCUGAAGAAGAAUUACGUAUUAUUCUUAAUAAAAUAUUUGAUAAAGAAUUAAGCGAAGAUAAAACAAUUACAAUGUCACAAAUUGAAUCAUUAUUUGAUAUGCAUACAUCACUUAAAUUACUUGUUCGUGAAGGAUCACUUGGGCGUACAGGUGGACCAUAUGAACUUAAUUUACGUGAUUUAACAAAAUUUCGUGAUGUAUUUCGUGGUUCAAUUAAAAGUCAAUUAUUUCAUUAUCAAUAUAUAAAUACAACUGAUGAUGAAAACCAUGAUAUAAUGCAAACAUCGCAAUCUGAUGAUAUGAAAAAAUCAAAUGAAUUAAAUCAAACUAUGAAUACAUCGUAUGCAAGUUUUUUAUCGAUACGAAAAUUCGCUCAAGUUGCUUAUGCAUGUCAAUUUCAAGAUCAAACUGAUUUUACUAAAGCAUGUGAAAUGAUAAAUACAAAAUUUCCAAUUAAUGAAACAUUAAGUAAACGUGAAAAUGACUGUUCAAUUGAUACAGCUGUUGCUAGUGUUGUUCGUAUUGGUUCAAUUUAUAUUAAUACAGGUAGUGAAGAUAUAUCACCAUCUAAUAUUGGCCUUAUUCAUACAAAGAAAACUAUUCGUCAACUUGAAUUACUUGCAGCAGCAUGUCAAUCAAAACGAGCUAUUCUUCUUGAAGGUGAUAUUUGUUCUCGAAAAUCUUCUCUUGUUAUAGAAUUAGCUCGUAUAACUCGUAAUCGUCUUGUUAUUAUUCCAUUACAUGAAAAUUUUGAAACAACUGAUUUAAUUGGUUCAUGGUUACCAACUGAUGAUAAUCAAUCAAAUGAAUCACCUGUAUUUGAAAAAAUUGAUAAAAUGUUUAAACAAAUUAUUAAAGAUUUAUUUCUAUUUGUUAUGCCGUUAUUAUUUGAUAAUAGUAAUAAAUAUGUUUUUGAUAAAUAUCGAACUAUUCUUCAAACACGUUGUAAAAAUUCAUUUGUUAAACGAACUGAAACUAUAAAAGAAGAAAUUCAAGCAUUAAAUGAUACAAUGACACUUAUGAAUGAUAUAUGUAAAAUUCCACAAAUGCCAAAUGAAGUAAAAUUACGACUUUCAUGUUAUUCACGUCAAGCUGAAAAUUUCAUUACGAAAUUAAACAUCCUUCGUAUUACUGGACAACAAGAAAUAGGUUUUACAUUUGUUGAAUCAGAAUUUAUUCAAGCUAUACGAGAAGGUUGGUGGGUUCUUUUAGAUAAUGUUAAUAGUGCACCACCAGAUGUACUCGAACGACUUAAUUCACUUACUGAAGAUAAACCAAUGUUAUCAUUAUAUGAAAAUUCAAAGGGAGAAGUACUUAGAGAAAAUGAAAGUAUACAUCAAAAUUUUCGUCUAUUUACAACAGCUAAUCUUAAUCGUAUAUAUUCAAAUAAACUUUCAUCAGCUUUUCUUAAUCGUGUUAUACGUAUUUGUUUACCACAAAUUGAUGAUUUUGAUAUUAAAACAAAUAGUGAUCCAACAACAAGUGAUUUAUAUGAACUAAUUUCAACACAAUUAGCAACAAUUCCAGCUGGAAAAGAGCUUGCUCAUUUACUUAUGUUAACACAUCUGAAUGUUAAACAAGAUGUUAAAGAUAGUCUAUUAACAUAUCCAAGUGAUUUUUCUGUUACAUACCGUCUUUUAGAACAAUGUAUUCAUACAAUAUUCUAUUUAAUUAGUCGUAAAAUAAAUCCUGUUGAUGCAUGUUAUUGGUCAUUAAUACGUUGUUAUUGUUCAUCAUUACAAAAUCAUCAUCAAUUUAAAUCAUUUAUUACUAAAUUACAACAAACAAUAGAUAAACUUAAUUUACGUUCAUCAUCAACAGUUUAUUCAACAGCAUCGGAUGAACUUGAUCGUAAACAAGCCUUAUGGAUUCAAGAAUCACAACGUAUUCGUUCGAAAUUUGUUUCAUUUGAACGUUAUCUAGUUGAAUUAAUAUUUAAUAUGAUUAAAAUAUUAGCAUAUGAUAACAAAUUAUCUAAAUUAUUGUGUUCUCUAUGUAUAUUAUUUAUUGAUAAUAUUCUACUACUAAUGUCACCAUCUGAUCCAAAUCUUAUUCAAUUAAAACAAACAUUAAUAAAUAAUGAUAAUUUACAAAUCGAUUUAGAUAAAUUAUUAACUGACUUAAUGCAACAAAAAAAUAUUUCAAUUCAUAUUGAUUUAAAACAAAUGACAAAUAAAGGACAAUUAAUAAAAAGACUUAUAUCUGACGGAUCACUUUGGUUAUAUUCAACAUGUGAAGAAAUAAGUACAUUACUUGAAUUAUUUAUACGUAAUACAUCAUUUAAUGAUACACAUGAACGUCUUGAAUUUCUUCAACGAGCCGUAUCAAUCAUUGAUGUAUUUCAUCAAUUUUUUAGUUCAUCAAUCUUUGCAUCAUUUGAUCAAACAAUUGAAUUAACACGUUUAUGUUCAAGUGUUAUACAAUAUAUUCGACCAUUACUUACAUAUCAAGAUAAAUGUUCUGCAUAUGUAAUUUUUCAUGAUCCAGCAUUUAUUGAUGCUAAAUAUCAAUUUCGUUUACAAUUAUUUGAAAAUUUUGAUAGUGGUCUUAUUUGGUCAUUUGAACGUGCACAAUCAUUUCCAAUAAGAUCAACAAGAAAAGAUCUACGUAAACUUAUUGAACAUAUGUUUAAUGCAAAAACAAAUACAGUUAUGAUGAAACCAAUUCAAUAUUUUGCUACACUUCUCGAAUGGAUUACUUUACAAUGGACAUUUGAUGAUUAUCUUACAAUAAAAUUAAGUAAUAAAAUGACAACAAUAAUUGGAGCUGUUGUACGUGAUUUACCAUCGGAAUCAAGUUCAAUAAAUACAAAGUAUUGUCGUUUAAAAAACGAACUUGAAUUAAAACAAGCAGCAUUAGAUCAAUGUAAAGAAAAUAUUCAAGAACUUGAAAGUCAAAUUAUUGAAUCAGAAUUAAUAAAUCAAAAUGAUACAAAUGUAACUAAUCGAGCAAUGCCAAAUUUACGUUCAAGAUUAUCACGUGAUAUAUCGAUUAUUCAUCCAGAUGAAAAUCCACUUAAUAGUCGCUUGAAUACACUUAAACAAGAACAAAUUAAAUUAAAAUCAGAAUUAGAUAUGUUAAAGAAUGAUUAUUAUCAAUCUUAUGAUACUCGUACAACAGCAUUAGAUAAAGCAAUAGCUGCACGUCGAAAUUUGAAUGAUGAAAUCAAAAAUUUACUUGAAUCCGAUGCUUAUAAAUUUGUUCGUGAACAACUUGAAAAGCCUGAUGCUAAAGAACUCAUUUAUUUUUUACGAUUAUUAAAUGAAGCUCGAAAGAAUUCAACAUUAAUUAAUCGUGAAGGUUUACUUGAUACUCGUGCUGUAUUAGCUACAUCAUUCGGUCGUGAAUUAAUUGAACAUGAUGAUAUUCUUGAAUCAUCUUUAGCAUUUUUUCUUGUUGGUUAUUAUUUUCUUCCAUACUUUGAUCAACAAUAUCAAUUUUAUAUUAUUUCAAAUUGGGAACAAAUUAAUGAUGAUAUUGAUAUAAAUACAUUAAAUCCUCAUGAUUUAAUUAUUUAUUGUCCAAAUAAAAAUUCUUAUGAAUGUUGUCUAUUAUCAACAACAAAACAAAAUAAUACAAUAUCAAUUACUAUAUCAAGUAUACAACAAAUAAAUACUAAUCAAUUACGUACUGUAUUAAAUGAAUCAUUACCUGAUGGAAUUCACUGUCAUAUUAAACAAAACAUAUUUGAACAUAUAAAAACAACAAUGACAGAAAAUGGACAAGAAUUAUUUGGUUUAGCUUGUUUAAUGCAUUUAUAUCAAGGAGAUGAUAUAACACUGUUAAAAAUUCGUGAAAUUUAUGAUCAAAUUAAAGUUAUAUUUAAUGAAUUAAAAUAUUUUGUUGAACAUAAUGCAGCUGAAUAUAAAUCAUUAACAGUAUUAAUGUAUCAAAAUAUAAAUAGAUUUCAAACAGAUUUAGAUUCCCUUAUUCAAUCAGCUAUUUCUGAUGAUUUAUGGAUAACAUCAAUUCAACAAAUGUGGAUAUUUAUUAAACCAUAUCAAGAAAAAUUUUCAUCAACUGUAGCACAAAAAAUUCAAGAAGAAUUACAAUAUUCUAUACAAUCAAUUGAACCACCUAAUUUAAGUAGUCGUUUAACAUCAUUAGGUUAUUUAGAACCAUUAAAAGAAAAAUAUGGUUGUGUACAUAUGAUUAUUCAACAUUUAGAAGAAGGUAUGAGUUCAACAGCUAUUGAAAGUAUUCCUGAAUUUAAUAUAUUAUUUAAUUUUGUUAAUAAAAUAUUAAAAUUAUUAAAAUUAAUUGUUCAACAUACAAUAUUUGGUAAAGAUGAUUUUAUUUACGAAUUAUAUGAAAAUACACCAUAUGCAAUUAGUCAUUUAGAACAUAUUUUUCAGUUAACAUUAUCUGUAAUUGAUAUUGUUAAUAAUCAAUUACAUAUUGGUGUAACACAAACAGAAUCCAUAUUCAAUGAUUUACAAAUAAAACUUGAUGAAUAUUUAUUAAAAUUAAAAUUUAGUAAUAAACUUUUAAUAAGAUAUAAUCUGACAAAUUUUAUUCGACCACUAGCUUUAUUAUUCGAUCCAAAUCGACGUUUAAUUACAAUAAAUAAUACAUCAAACGAUAUAACUAAUGAAAAUUCAUCUAUAACGAGAGAUCCACUUGAACUACGUAAAAAACAAAUGCAAUCACAAAUUAAUGAAACAAUAAAAAGAUUAAAAGAAAAUUUAAUAAUUGCGAGUCAAUUACCUAUACAACCACAACCAAUUAUUCAACGUAUUCAUACAGCUUUACAUAAGUUAAAAACAUUCGAUAUAAAUCAAGAUACAGAAAAGAAUUUUAAAUGGCUUAUACAUGAAGAACGAACAUUAGCUGAUCUUCUACAAAACUUCAUUCAAGAAAUAAAUCAAUAUACAACAUCUAAUGUUACUUUACCUGACGAUGAACCUAUUCAUGAAAUCCAUGAAGUCGAGCUUAGUUUACAAAUGAACAACACUCGUACAUUAAAUUAUGAAAAUGAAUUAAAUAUUUUACAACAAAAUAUUAAAAAUAGUAGUCAAGGUAAUCAAUUCAAUGAAUUAAGUAAUGUUAUUCGUCUAACAAAUGCACAUGUGUCAAGUCAAACAUGGUUACGUGCUGCAUCUCUUUUAAAAUCGAAUAAUAAUGAUGAACUUCGAGAUACAUUAAUGAAACUAAAUAAUGAUUUAGCUAUGCAACUUGAACGUGGAUUAAAUAAUGAAGACGAUAAAAAUAUAUUGAUGGAUCAUUUUGCCUUUGCUUAUGCACAAUUUCGUUCUGAUAUACUUAAUGUCGAAGCUGAACAAGGUAUGCUUUCAAAUUAUAUUGAUAUUGCUACACUUGCUAAUAGUAUUCAACAAUGGACAAAAAAAACAAAUCUUAAUGUAUUUAAUAUGUUUGAUAACAUUAAAAAAAUUAGUGAUGAUUUAAAUAUUACAGAAAAUCGUAUGCAAAAUUUUACAACAAACGUUAGUUGUAGUUUAUUACCAAUAGAUAUUCGACCGGAAGAUCUUAUCUGUUUAUUUAUACCUGAAUAUACAACUGUUAUGCUUACUAUUUGUGAAAAAUUUAAUCAAAUUGAUGAAUUUCUUAGUGGACGUAUUAACAAAAUCGAACCAUUACAAUUACCAUCAUUUGUAUCAUCUAAUGGAGCAACGAAUGGUUUAUCAAGUUUUACAUAUCGUGAUAAAUCAAUCUCAACACCACUAUUUGAUAAACAAAAACAUAUUGUUGAAAUACGUAAUUAUUCAACUACAUUUAUUCAACAAAUAAUAGCUUUAUUUAUGGAACCAAAAAUUCAAACAGAUGGAUUAAUGAAUGUAUCAAUAAGUGUUAAAGAAUUGUUUCCUAUUCAAAUAGCACUUUCAUUUGCAUUAUUAAUUUUAACAGAUUGGAUAGCUUUGAAAUUAGAUGAUUUUAAUGAACAUAUACAUUUACUUACGAUAACAACAUUAAAAGAAAAAGAUGUUGAAUUACAAAAAAUGAAAACAAAUAUUUAUCAUCUUGAGCAAGAUAUUAAUAAAGAUGAAAGAAAUUUAGAAAAAAUUUCUAACGAUUAUGAAAAUGCUGAAAUUGAUCGUGAAUGUAGUAGAAAUGAAGCAUAUUCUGUUCGUGAUCGUUUACAACAAAUAGUAGAUAGAUGUCUUAUAGAUAAAACAAAUCUUGAACAACAAAUUAAAAAGAAAAAAGAACAACUUUCUAAUGAUCAACUUCUUCUCCAUAAUGAACUAAUAAUGUAUAAAAGUAGACUUAAACAAGAACAAGAUCAAUGGCUUUUCGAAGCAGUUCACUAUUUAAAAGUUAUAUCAGAAAAACUAAUUACAUGUAUUACUGAUGCAAUCAAUAAACCUAUGCCGAACAACAAAUCUCAAACUGAUAUUACUACACUAUUAAAUAACAUUGUUGAUUUUUGUCGACAAAAUUUACUUGAACCAACGAAAACAAAUCUUAAUAGUACUAAAAUUCAACAAAUGAAAGAUUCUAUUAUUUCUGAAUUAAAUAAUAUAAAAACACAUGUUAAAGACAAAAUAGUUGAUAAUGAUCCAAUGUAUUCAUUUAUUUUCUUUUAUUGUGAUUUAAUAUGUAUAGGUCUUGAUUCACUUAUUCAUUCGACAUUAAGUUGGAAUAAAUAUAUUGAUACAUUAAAAACAACACAAAUGAUUGAAUAUGGAAAAACUAAGAAAAAAAUUAUUUUAUGCGAUUUAAAUCAUUGUACAAAUAAUGAAUGUAAAAUAUUUCUUGAUCAAGUUCGAAGUGGUGCAGAACAAACUAAAGUAUUAAAACAUGCAUAUGAUAUUAGUCAUCAAGUUCAUACAGAAGUAACAAAAUUAGAUAUGGCAUUUACUGGUCAAUAUAGUAGACAUAUACAAUAUUUAAUUAGAGAAUUUAAACGAUUCGUUGGUAAUUUACUUUAUGCUGGAUGUCUCUAUUCACAAUUACAAUAUGGUAUUCGAGAACCAUUUAGUGAAUAUCUUGUUGGCAUUGAAAAUGAUAUAAUUAAUUCAGGUUUACCAAAAAGUGAAUCUGACUUACUCAAUUUAUUAGAAACAUGUGAAAUGCAAUUGAAAAGUCAUAGUGAUGCACUUCUCUAUCAAACAUUACAUAUUGCAUUUACAUUUAGUUCAAAUUCAUUUAGUCUAUUCGAUGAAAUUAAUCGUUCUAUAAAAGAAUUAAUUCAAUUUGUUUUACCAUCUGCUCAUUUAAUUAGUCGUUCUUGGUUAACAAUUGAUUCAUUAAUUCAUAAAAUAUGCCAAUCUGUAAUCGCUGAAGAAGGUGAAAUAUUAAGAGAGAUCUGUAGAGAUUUUUCAAAAUUUACUGAUGAAACAUCCGAAAUUAAUAAUCAAAGUGAUUUCAUUAAUAAACAACUUGAAUCAAAUUUAUUGAAAAUAAUCUGGGAACAUAUUGAAAAACUUGCAGAAAUUCUUGUUAAAAAUCGACCAUCAAUGAAAACUUUCAAUGAAAAUCUGCUUAAUCGAUGGCAUAGAACAAUGAAAGAAAUCUUUCGUGGAUUUAUUCAAACACGCAAAUUUAAUAUUCAACGUCAACUUGAAUGGAAUCAACGAAAUUUUAAACAAACUAAUACAUUAUUUAAUAUUGAAGAUGCAACGUCAAAUAGGAAAACAAGUUCUGUCUAUCGAUUAGCUGAUAUUGAACGAGCACUUCAACAAAAAAAUCGUCUUCUUGCCGAUGUCGAUGAUGAUCAUCGAUCACUUCGUUUAAAUCGAUUACAACAUCUUGCAAUAAUCUAUCAAUUAAUUGUGGGUGGAAUCAAUAAUUUAGAAACAAUACUAAUGAAUAUGCCUCUUCAUCAUGUUGAUUCAUUAUCCUUUUUUAAAUUAUUAAAUUCAACACGUGAAUUAUACAAAAUUAGCGAAACAAAUCUUCUCGAACAACCACUGAUUCAUUUUAUUAAUGAUGAUUCUAUAUUUACAAAUAUUUUUCAAUUACUCGAUGGAAUUUAUCGAUUAGAGCAAAGUGUAUUUCAAGAUUUGUAUGAUGCUGCUAAAGUAGAAAUGGAAAAUCGUUUCAAUCAAUUUCAAAGUUCUAUUAAAUUUAAAUCGAUUCUCGAUAUAAUUAAAUCGGAAAACGAUAAAUGGAAUAAAAACGGCGAGAAUUUUAUUCUUUUACGUAAAGAAAAACGAAAAAAAAUAUCAUUAAGAGAUAUAAAAGCUCGUUUUAAAUCCACUUGGAUAUACAAGAAUGUUAUUUCGCAUUUACCAUUGGUUGAUCAUUCCAGUUCUCCGGUUAAUAUUGAUACAUUGUUUCAGAUUUCUGCUAGUGAAAUAUUAAUGUAUUUGGCAUAUCAUCAGAAGGGUAAUGAUUAUGCUUUCUCAUUGCCACCUCAAGAAGAGGUGCAAGAACUUAUUAAACUACAUAGUCGUUAUAAAAAUUUAUUUAAACUAAGGCCAAUAGAUAAAAUGUUAUCUCUAGAAUCUGGAAAUAUUUCACGGCUUGUAAUUAAAUAUUCAGGUGCUCAUUUAACUAGAAUCGAUUUACAACUGUUGAUAAAAGAUAAUCAACAACCUAAGUAUACUAUUUCUUCUGAUCAAAUACCCUCCGAUACUAAUACUCUGGAAUCCACUCAAGUAAAACAAGAGAUUAAGUACAAUAUUGUCUCUGAAAUACCAGUUUUUCUGCAUUCCAAAGACAAUGUAGUUAAAAUAUUCAUUUCACUACCAUCAAUUGAUGCCAUCAGUAUUAAGAGAGACAAUCAACAAAUAUUACAACUAGAAUGGUGGAAUUUUUCCAUUAAUCAACGCGAACAUUUCAUUGAUCAAUGUUUGAGUAUCAAGUAUUUUCGAAGUAAUGAGCAAUUCUAUAUUAGUAAAUUAAAUUUGGAUACUGAAUCAGCGAGUAAUAUUUCAUAUUCGAGUGAAAUCAAACGAAAUUUAACCGAUUUAGAAGAACAAAUUAAGAAUCAAAUGAAUGAAAUGAGUGAUUGUGAAGCAUGGAAAACAUUGAUUACCAAUACCACAAUGCAAAAAUUUGAAAACAACAUGGAUCGAAUUGUUCAAUUGAGUCAAUGUUUACAAUUAACAUCGAAUGAUGUAUUAAAUCCAACAAAUAUUUAUAAUCUAUUCAACAAAUUACCUAACUCAGACAUACAAAAUACUUUGUUAGAUCUGAUACCAGUGAAAGAUUUCUCAGCUGUGCCACAAGAUAUUCGUAUUGUAGAGGAUUUCGAUCCAGCUUUAGAAUACGAAUUUAGUCAUGUGUGGACUCGAUCAAUGGAUCGUUCCUUUCAAUCGGUUAUUAAAUGUCGUGAUCAAGUCUAUUUCAACAUAUAUUUGUAUGUCGAUCAAUUACGUUUAAACAAAUGCCAGUUGUUUCUAUUAUAUGCCUGUGCUAAUACAUUGUCAAAUAAUAUGACUAGUAGUAUUCAAUCAGAUUUUAAUAACAUGUUAGCAGAAUGUACUAAAUUUUGUAAACUUAAAUAUUUGGAUAGACCAGAAUAUGUUAGACAUUUAGAAGAAUGUCAACGUCUCAUAUAUGAAGCACAACGAAUUCAUCGUACAAUGAAACGAUCAUCGAACAAUUGGACAGAAAUAAAUGAUCUUUUUGAUUUAUCAUCAUUUAAGAUUGAAACUGAUCUUAGUAAUGCUUUUCUGCAUUCACAAAUGAGUCGUGAUACUCACAUGUGGUUAGUUGAAAAGAUCGGAUCGGAUACAAUACCAACAAUAAUAACAUGUCAUCCGAAACCAGCUAUACUUGAUUUUGGUGUUACACUUCCUGAUAUUCAUCAACGAAUGAUCCAACGAAUAUAUAUUCAUAAUAAAGUUGAUCGUGAUUUAAAAGUAAAAAUCGAUCGAAGUACUAAACCAACAGAUACACCAUUUGAUGUUACGAAUGAUAAUCUACAACUAGCAUCGGGCGAUAUUUGUGAAUUAGAAGUUAUCUUAAGACCACCAACAAAUAUUUGUAAUUUGAAAGAAAGUUGGGAUCUUAUUGUUAAUGAUCAAACUAAACUUUUGAAUACACUUCAAGUACAAGUAGAAAUCGUAGAAAUCGAUCUUAAAAUAUCAUCAGAGACAAUUGAUUUUGGUGUAGUAGCGUGUAAUAGCCAUCGAAUAGAAAAAAAUAUUCAAUUGGAAAAUAUUCUUCCAUGUUCAGUUCAUGCUAAAGCACAACUAAGACUACCUGAAACUCAUCAAUAUGAUUCAGUUCUAACCAUAAUCAAUAAUGAACUCACUAUACCACCUAAAUCUAAAAUAUCUUUUGGUAUCACAUUAGAAGCAUCAAAAAAUAUCGAAGAAAUCAUUGAAACAGAUGUUUUUGUGGCAAUAAAUUCAUCUAAAAAUAUUAAAGCAAUUAAAAUUAAUGCUAAAAUUCAACAACAUUCACUAGAAAUUCGUUAUCAAGAUCGAACAAUUGACAAAAAUCAAUCUCAAUAUGUUUUAACCAUGAAUAAUUUCUAUCAAGGCGAACGAAGAACUUUACCUAUUGAAUUUAUUAAUAAUGGACCAGUUGAAUAUACACUUCGUCUAAAGUCACAAUCCAUCAAAUCAUCCAUUAGUGAAUUACAAUUACCAGUCAAUAAAAAAGAAAAUAUUAAUUUAGAAAUUCAGAUGCCUAAUAACUGUAUUUCACAAACAUUUAAUCUCGAGAUUGGAUUUCUCAGUAGUAGACAUCAGUAUUAUUUGGUGUUACAGUGUGAAACAAUUGAACCUACAAUGACAUAUACAACUUCCAAUCCACAAAACAAGCAUAUAAUAUCUAUUAAUCAAAAGGGUGACAUGGAUCUCAUUCAAGAUAAAACUCUCGGUACUUUACAACCCGUUAGUCAAGAAGUAAAAUUUAAAAAUACAAGUAGAGCAACAGCAACUUUCCAUUUCUUACAAGUCACCAAUGCACAAAAUCCUUCAUUGUCAUUACCAUCACGUUUCAAAAUUAUGCCUGACAAUGUUAUUAUGAAGCCGAAUGAAAAUGUACUAGUGCAAUUUAUUUAUUAUCCAAUCGAUUUGCGACCAUUCAAUGCUAACAUACAACUAAAAUCAAAUACUUCAAUUCAUCCUAUUAAUAUUCCUUAUAGUGUUGAAUAUCAUACACCUAUCUUGCAAACAGUACCAUACAGUGUUAUCGAUAUUGGAUUAAUUAAAUCAGGUAUUAUUUCAAAAAAAGAAUUUUUAAAAGUUAAUAAUAUCGGUAAAAACGCUUUACGUUUUGAAAUGUGUGCAUUAAAUUAUCAAGAGAAAUUCGUAAAAGCAAUUCAUAUCCAAAAAACAGGAUCGAAACAGAACUCACAAGAUCCUAUUCAGAUUAUUAAAAUCUCUCAAGAUGGAUUUACUUUUCUCGAUAUCAGUAUGGAAUGUGAUCAAGUCAAUUUACCACAUGAAUAUGAUACAAUUAGACUAUUCGAAUUUGAAUUAGUAAGUCUAUGCGAUCCUGUUAUUAAUAUCGAUAGUAAACUUGACAAUCGUCGAGUAAAAAUUGUCAUUAUCGGACAUCUGAAACCAUUACCAACACUUGUUCCAACAACAGAAGAAAAUUCUAAAGAAUGGUCGUCACUUGAAUUAGUACCUUCACAAUGGCUUCAUUAUUUUAGUAAACAAUAUGAAAUGUAUAAACCAUAUACAUCAUUAAUAAUUCUUACUACUAUUGCUUAUAUAUGUGGCUCACAAAAAACAAAAGAUCAUGAUUUACCAUUGACAUUAGAUGAUUGGAAAAAUUUUUGUUUAAAUCUUAAUUUAGAUCCUGCAAAGACAUCUCAAGAGCAAUUGAAAUUAAAUGAUUUUGAUGAUACAAACACAAUUGGUCGUGCUAUUGAUAAUGUAGUUAAAUAUUUUCGAUUGUCAUUAAAUAAAUAUAUUUCAUAUUUUCAAAAUUCUAUUUUAUUUCAUAAUUCAUUUGCAAACAAUGAUAGUGUACGACUGCAACUUUUUAGUGUUAUUAAUUCAGCGGCUAAUGUUGAUGAAGCUUAUACAAUGCAACUAUAUGCAACAAAACUUUGUGAAAUCUAUGAAACGUCUUCUCCUGAAAAUGUAUCACAACAAGCUAUUAAAUUUAUCUAUCAUUGUAUUGCUAAUGAUAGUGCAAUGGCAGAAAGAGUGCGUGUGUUUAGUAAAUUUAUUCGUGAUGCAGCUCAUCCUUCGACAACAUAUAAUAUAAAUGAAGAAUUAAAAAAACAUAUUCCAUUAACGAAUACAUUCGGUGAAUUAUUAAAAAUGAUGAAUGAUUCAUUUAGUGUUAAAUGGACUAUACUCUUUGCAUUAUUUUCUGCUAGAGUAAAAAAUAUUUUAGUUAAAUUAAUUAAUGUUGAUUAUCAAACUCUAUUAGAAAUACAUUUAAAAUUAUAUGGUCAAAAAGAAAACAAUACUUUACAAGGAUCAUUACUGAAUCUAAUGGAUAAAGCAUAUAAUCUAUGGAGUUCAUUAUCUGAAACUGAUAAGUUUGAGUAUCUUGUAUCGAUUUUUGGCGAACAUAAAACAUUAUAUGCAUUAAUAACAGGCAUUUCAGCUACAAACCAAGCACAUCUAAACGAUAUUGUUGACAUUACAGGAGUUAUUUUGCAAAAAUUCAUUCCAGGAGUCAAUUUUUUACCAAUUCAGGAUGCAUUUUUGAAAAAUGAUGGGUAUGAAGUUCGAGAAGCAAUUCAAAAAAUGUCACAUAUUUCACCUAAUGAGUAUGAUUAUUUAGUAUCAGUAAUACGUCAUUUUCGAGAGUCACUACAAAUUUAUACAACCGGUAGCUAUAUGCUCUCUAGAGGUAAUGUUGAAAUUUACUGUAAACUUUUACAUCAUUUUAUACCACUUACUCACAAGCAAAAACUAUUCAUUAAUGAAACUAUUAAAAUUAUUUGGAAUAUAUUAUGUGAAGAAAGUAAAUCGCAAGCAACUAUUGGUAAUAUUGUUACUUUAAUUCUUCAUCUUCUUUAUGUUCUUGAUGAAGAAAAGAGUUGGUCAUCUAUAAACGAUUCGUAUUAUCAACAUUAUAUGAAGCCAAGUUGGAAGAAUAUGCUCAAGUUUAUUUUAACUAUUGGUUGUAAUAACGAAAUUAUUUCAUGUAUUGAAAAUUUAGCAACUGCUCAAACAAAGGAAACUAUGACAGAUUUAAUUUUGAAAAUUGGCUGUUUACUAUCGACGGAUGAUGAGUUAAUUUUAUUUAAUAAAUAUCAAUCUUCAAUUCAAUCUCUUAAUUCGGAUACAGAAUCAAGUGAAAAUUUAUUAGAAAGUAUUCAAAAUAUGGUUCCAAAAGAACUUCAAAAACAAAUUCAAGCUUAUUUGACUACGACGCGUCUAACGAAUAUAAGUAAUAUGAACGAUGAAGAUCAAUAUAAAAUACUUGAUAAUAUUGUUGAUUCAUGGAUAACAUUAUUGAAUAUAAAAGGAGUUGAUUUACGUCGAUUAUUUCAAACGAUUUCAUCCAUUCUUACAUCAUUUUAUGGUCUUAUUGUCUAUCGUCAUAGUUCAUUAAAUGUAGCACUCUAUACAACAAGUUUAACAUCAGCACUUUGUACUCUAUCUAAUUAUCGUCAAAGAACACGUGAGAUAUUGGACAUUGACUUAUCUGCUACUCAUUCAAAUACAAUACCAUCAAUUCUUAAAACUAUUCAAGAAACUCUUCCAAAAAUUCAACCAAAUCAAUCAGCUGUACGUAGCCAAGGUAUCUCAUUUCUUUCUCCUUCAUCAUCGAAUUCAACAUCAGCAUCAACAAAUACAACAACAUCAACAGAAUCUGCUCAAACUUCUUUGUAUUCGGAAGAUAUUUUUAAAAAGAUGCAAGAUUCUGUAAAAAAAUAUGUUCAAUCACCAUCGUCUUCAUCGUUUCGUUUUAGUGAAUCAGAUAAAAUGCAUAUAAUUAUUGUUAAAGCACAUGAUUAUUCUUCACAUGUUACACAAUGGUACGGAGUUUUUACAACAUUUAAUGUUCUCGUUCAUAAUCAAUCGAAUGUGAAUAAUUUAAAUCAAAAUGAAACUGCUCAUCAAAUCGUUGUACGUGGUUUGCAAUUAUUACGUGAUCUUGUUAUAGUUAAAAAAAUUCUUGAACCUGUCUUUUCAAUUAAUGGUGUUCGAUUUUUAAACAAAGAUCUUAGUCGAUUAGAAAAAUGUUUUCUUUCAUUAUCACUUGAAAAUUAUUUUAAAUUACGAGAAACUUUACGACAAUUAAAUGUUGAUGUUAGCCGUAUUAUUAAUGAUUUUCCAUUAGCAUCAAAAACUCUUGUACGAAAAGGUGAAACAAAUAAACGAAAAAUAUUUGAAAUGUUCGAAUCAAAUAUUUCACAACCAUCAUCAACUUUAGAAAAUCAAUCACAAACUAUGAAGAAUGAUGAUAUCCCAUUAACUUUUGAAGAUUGGCAAUCAACAACACGAAAUGAAAAUUCUGAACAAGUUAAAGAUGCGUUAGAAUUAUCGAAAUCAAAACAAAAAUCUAAUAAACGUAAAACUGCUUCUGAUACAAGAAAAAAUCUUCUAUCAAAUAUAGAAAACUUAGCUAAAGAAGCAUCAUCACAAAGUGUAACUAAAAUCGAUGUAUCAACAACAAAUCAUGCAAAUGAUGGAAUACGAAGUACAUGGAAUGAAACAGAUAGAUCAGUCGAUUUUAAUAUUGAUUUACAAAUGAAAGCAAUGCAAGAACAAUUAAAAAAACAACAAAAUCUACUUGAAUUGUAUGAAUCAAUUAAAACAAAAGCGAAACGAAGUCCAAUCGAUGGUAAACUUGAUAAUCGUGCUGCACUUGUUUCAACAAAUCAUCGUGAACGAUGGUCAUAUCAAUUACUUGUUGAAACACCACCUAUUGCUCGAAUGAUAAAUUUAAUUAUAAAAGAAUUUCGUUCCAAAUGGGAAACAUUAAUGAAUAGUAUUAAUACAAAUGAACAACAUGAACUUCAUUGGUGUAUUAUGAUUGAUAAUUCAGGUUCAAUGAGUAUUUAUCGAAAUUCAAUUUAUGAAAUCCUUGUUAUACUUAUGGAAUUACAUCGUAAACUUGAAAGUAAAUUUGCUGUAGCACGUUUUGGUGGACGAAAUAAUCAAAAAAUGUUAAAAAAUAUGGCUGAUCGAUUUACUAUACAAGAUGGACAAUUCGUACUCGAAGCACUAACAUUUGACGAAGGUACAUAUCCAGCUACGGGUCUUGAUAAUAUAUCAAAUCGUGUAUUUGGUGUAUUUGAUAAAAAUAAACCAUCAAAUCCUCUUAUUCAUCGUCUUGUUUUAAUGAUUACUGAUGGUUUAACACAUGAUAAUGAUGAUAAAACAUAUACAGAAACAAUUGAAAAAUAUAAUAUUAAUUUAGGUGUUCUAUUUAUUGAAACGGCUGGACAAAAUACAAGUCAAGUAUUAUUACGUGGUCUUAAGAAAGCUCAACAUCGUAUUGCUCAUGCAAAUGAUAUAGAUCAAUCACCGAAAAUAAUAACACAAUUAAUGUAUGAUAUAGUUAAAGCAUCAAUUAAAACUGAUGAUAACCAGACGACAAUGACAACGACAGCAAAUUCAUUUUCAACAAUUAAUAUUAAAAUACCUAAUAUACCUGAGAAAUCAUUAUUAUACGAUACUAUUAUUCAAAAUUUAUCAUAUGAUUCGGCUAAUCCAACAUCAUAUAUGAUUAGUAGUUCGACAGCAACAAUUCCUCGUUUAAAUCAAAGUCAAUCACAAUUAACAAGUUACUUAUCAUCAACAAUUGAAUAUACUGAUUAUUCAACGAAAGCAUUAACUAAACUUCGUGAAUAUUAUCAUAUAUUAAAAUUAUCAGCAAUGAUGCAAGACAUAGAAAAAAAUUGGAUAUCAGAAGAAUAUCGUGUUUCUGGUGUUAUUGAAGAAGUAUCGACUGUGCUCGGUGAUCUUGUAUUGCCAUAUAAUAAAUUUACACGUCGUCGAGCAGCUCUACGUGGUUCAUCACUUUAUUUACCUGGUUUAAUAAGAGCAAUGACUAGUGAAUGGACAUAUAAGAAAAUAUUUAGUUCAAAAUUAGCUGGUGGUAAACGUGAUCAUGCUGUAUGUCUUGUUCUUGAUGUAUCAACAUCAAUGUUAGGUACACUUAGUAAUGGUCUUAAAGAAGCAAUUAUAGUUCUUACAGCUGCUCUACGUAAACUUGAUUUAACUCAAUUCGGUAUUAUUAUAUUCGGUCGUGAAGUACGUUUGAUUAAAUCGAAUGAACAACCUUGGGAUGCAGCAACUAUUUAUACACUUGUAAAUGAACUUCGUUUUGAUCAAGAUGAAGAUACAAAAGAUGCAGAUGCUAUUGAAGCUGCUAUUGAUCUACUUAGUCAAUGUUCUACACGAGGUGAAAAGAAAAUAUUUAUAUUUACGGAUGGUUAUAGUAAUUGUGGUAAUCGUCUUGCUAUGGUACAACAACGUGCUGAAAAUAAUGGUAUUGAUCUUGUAGCUAUGGCUAUUGGUAUUGAUUCAACUAAUCUUCAAUUAGUUUAUAAACGAUAUUUACAAUGUGCUACUGUUCGUGGAUUAUCAAAAGCUUUACGAGCUUUAUUUGAACAAGAAGCACAAAUUGUUUUGUCUGAAUGGGCAUCAAUAGAAAAUGAUAACAAGCAAGUUACUGAUGAUAUGAGAGACACUAUAUCUAAAGAUAAUCUUUUCGAAGAUAUAUUUUCAAAUAAAGCUUUUAAUGAUAUGAUUAAAGGAUUGGCUGAUGAACGAGAAUUAAUGUUAUCACAAAGUGGUCAACUAGCAUCGAAUAUAACAAUUGAUAUUUGUUUUUGUCUUGAUUGUACUGGUAGCAUGUCACGAUGGUUAGCAGCAGUUAAAGGUCAAAUGAAAACUAUUAUGGAAGGUAUUCAAGAUCAAGUUAAAGUAAAAUAUCCAUCACUUAAACUUCAACUACGUUUUGCUAUUGUUGCUUAUCGUGAUUUGAAAGAUAAGCCACCAAUUAUGAAAAUAGAUUUUACCGAAAAAACCGACGAUGUAAUGGAAUUUUUAAAUAAAAUAACUGCUAGUGGAGGUGAUGAUAUUCCAGAAGAUGUACUCGGUGCACUUGAUACAUGUUUAACAUUAAAUUGGAGUAAAACAAAUGCUCGAUUCAUCGUACUUAUUACUGAUGCACCUGGUCAUGGACCAGAGCUUAAUAACGAUCUUACAAAUGAUCACUAUAAGACAGGAAAUGGUAAACACACAUUGACUGAUAUAUGCGAUCGUCUGUUGAAAAAAAAUGAAGAAAUCGAUCUUAUUUUUUGUGUUAUUAAACCGAAUGCAACGGCUAAAAUGAGGGAUGCAUUCAAAGCUCAAUAUAAAACUAAAGCAAGCGAUGCUGAAAGAGCAUUUAAAGAAAUUGUAUUAUUUAUUACUAAACAACAAGAAGCUGAAUAUAAAACUAAAGAAAGCGAUGCUGAAAGAGCAUUUAAAGAAAUGGUAUUAUUUUAUACUAAACAACAAGAACAACAAGAAGCUCAAUCAUAUCAUUUUGUUUUUGUUCUUGAUGAGUCAGGUUCAAUGACACCACAUUGGAACAAAUUACAACAAGCAUACAACAAUUUUUUGACACGACGUAAUAAUGAUCAAGGCGGAGAUGAUUUUAUUACGGUUAUUCAAUUCGAUGACAAAGCGCAUACUAUUUGUUCGAGACGAAAAGUUAUUGAUGCUCCUCGCACGCUUUCCAUUCGUGGUAAUGGUACAGAUUAUGCAGCAGGUUUGACAGAAGCGACAAGAGAAAUCGAGAAAGAUCAAACAAAAGCAUCGGUUGUCAUGAUUUUUAUGUCGGAUGGUGCCGAUUGUGGUAAUGGUAAUCCCGAACAUAUAAUUAGUCAACUGAAAUCAAAAUACACAAAAGAUCAUAAUUUUAUUUGUCAUACGAUUGGUUUCGGUGAAGGUAUUCAAAAAGGAAGUAAAGAAGAGAAAAGACUUGAUCAAAUGGCGACUAAUGGUGGUGGUAAAAAUUAUAUGGCAGAGACAGGUGAUGAACUGAUUAAAAAGUUUGAAGAUAUUGCCGUCAAUAGUACAACUAGUAGUGCGCUGAUCGAACGUUUCUCUGAAAUUCUUUCUCGAGACAUUAACGCAAAAAUUACUACUGAUUAUUUAUAA